AAGAGAGAGACGCAAGAGAGUGGAAACACUGUUAUCGGAGCUCCGCCGAGUUCAUCAUCUAAAUCUUACUUUCUUACUAUCUUGUUCCUAUCUAUAUAAUAUAACUUACUAGUUCAUCUUAGGAAUACCUUACCGUGACGAUUAUUCAACAGUUUCAAUAAGUGAAACGAUUUAUCACUGACCUUUCCUCACCAGAGCGGGAAGCUGUGGAGGAGUUGUGUCCCGGCAUUAGCACCAGGCGGUACAGCGUGCCUCACAUCACCCUGGCUCUAGGCACCCGGAGACGACCGAGGCACGCAACGAGCGAGCACCCAUCUCGAUGCAGCUUCACGGACCGCGGUCUGGCGAACGGAGACGCCAUCGCCCAGCAUGAAAACGGUAAGACUCCGCUUGUCAUUGUAACCUGCACUACUUGCCACAUGUACAGUUUAGCUUCUUCCGUCAGCAUAGAGGGGUUUACAUGUGCUAAGUGUAUUGAAGUAGUAAGGCUGACGGAGAAGGUUGCAGAACUAGAAGCGCGCAUCCGAACGCUAGUUGAGGACAGUAAGACCGCUAAUGUUAAUGUUACAAACACUGUUUCGGGUGCGCCUAGUGUUAAGCGUAAUACACUUGGCUCGGUUCCGACUUCAGAGUCAAGGCGGCUGACUAACUGGGUGACUGUCAGGCGGCCUAAUCGCAUUCGGCAUCCAAAUCACGUUCCUGUUUUAAUAUCAAACAGAUUUUCUCCACUCAGCAAUACACCGGCUGAGACAUCUGUUAAAGGUGCCCUGGUUAUUGGAGAUUCUAUACUCAGGAACGUUGGCAUUGAGGCACCAGCCACCAUAGUCGAUUGUAUACCGGGAGCCAGAGCGUCUGACAUUAGAUCCAAACUUAAAGUGCUGGCUAAUGCUAACCGUAAGUUUUCUAAGAUUGUUAUUCACGCCGGCACGAAUGACACCAGACUCCGCCAGUCGGAGAUCACCAAAGAUACUAUUAAAGAGGUGUGUGAAAUUGCAAAAACAAUGUCAGACAAUGUAAUUUGCUCUGGUCCCCUCCCCGCCUACCGGGGGGAUGAAACUUACAGUAGAUUAGUGUCUCUUCAUGGCUGGAUGUCAAAGUGGUGCCCUCAGCAUAACGUAGGGUUUAUAGACAAUUGGAAGCAUUUCCGGGGAAGACCUGACCUGCUAAAGAGAGAUGGCCUCCAUCCGUCUCCGGAAGGAAGUGCUAUACUCUCUAGAAAUCUGACCAAUAGUCUUACUUUUGAUAUUGUCUGACUAUCCAGG